CUCUGGAAGACAGGCAUUCCUGCCCUUAUAUGGCAAAGGCUGGUGGCGACAGAGGGAAGGAAGGAACAAAGGUUGCCCUGGCACUUCCUCUGUUCAGGCACAGUCUUUCUCCAAGGUGCUGCGUGCCCACUAAGCAGACACCCCAGCCAAGCUACAAAGGAUUAGUCACCAUGCCGGAACUUAAUACCAAAGUCACCAAGACUCUGAACAAAACCACACCUGGACUUCAAAUAUGGAGAAUUGAGAACAUGGAGAUGGUGCCCAUACCACCCAAGACCUACGGGAACUUCUAUGAAGGGGAUGCCUAUAUUGUGCUUUCGACAAACAAGAUUCAGAAUACGUUCACCUAUGACAUCCAUUUCUGGCUGGGCAGUUCAUCAUCUCAGGAUGAACAAGGUGCAGCUGCCAUCUACACAACACAAAUGGAUGAGCACCUGGGUGGAGCUGCUGUACAGCACCGGGAGACUCAAAAUUAUGAGAGUGACACAUUUCGGAGUCACUUCAAGCAAGGCCUUGUCUAUAAGAAGGGUGGUGUGGCCUCAGGUAUGAAACACGUGGAAACCAACACUUACAACGUGCAACGGCUACUGCAUGUCAAGGGGAAGAAAAAUGUAGUGGCUGGAGAGGUGGAGAUGAACUGGAACAGCUUCAAUUUGGGAGAUGUCUUCCUGUUGGACUUGGGGAAGCUCAUCAUCCAGUGGAAUGGUCCUGAAAGCAACCGUUUGGAACGGCUGAAGGGCAUGAAUCUAGCCAAGGACAUUCGUGACCGAGAGCGUGGUGGCCGAGCACAGGUGGCUAUAGUGGAUGGUGAAAAUGAAGAUGCAUCUCCUGCACUCAUGAAAAUCAUGUUCUAUAUGCUUGGAGAGAAGAGAAACAUCCAACCGGCCAUUCCAGAUGCUGUAGUGGACCAGAAACUGAAAUCCUCUCUAAAGCUAUACCAUGUCUCUGACGUAGAAGGGAAUCUACUUGUGCAGGAAGUUGCCAUCCAGCCCCUUACCCAAGACCUUCUGAAGCAUGAGGAUUGCUACAUCUUGGACCAAGGUGGUAUGAAGAUCUUUGUGUGGAAGGGCAAACACUCCAGCAAGGAAGAGAAGCAGCAGGCCCUGUCAAGGGCUUUGGGUUUCAUCAAAGCAAAAAACUACUCACCUACCACUAGUGUGGAGACCGAAAAUGAUGGCUCUGAAUCGGCCGUUUUCAGGCAGCUGUUUCAGAAAUGGACCAUUCACAGUCAAACCACUGGCUUUGGGAAGACUCAUACAGUUGGAAAAAUAGCCAAGGUGGAGCAAGUGAAGUUUGAUGCCACGAGUUUGCAUGCCAGGCCAGAGUUGGCUGCUCAACACAAAAUGGUUGAUGAUGGUUCUGGAGAGACGCAGGUUUGGAGAAUUGAGAACUUAGAACUGGUGCCAGUGGAGGGUCGCAGCUUUGGGCAUUUCUACAGUGGUGACUGCUACCUUAUCCUCUACCAAUAUUUAGUUUAUAAUAAGAUACACUACAUCAUUUACAUGUGGCAGGGCCGUCAUGCCACCAAGGAUGAGAUUACUGCCUCUGCCUACCAAGCUGUCACUCUGGACCAAACAUAUAAUGGUGAACCUGUGCAGGUGCGAGUGACCAUGGGCAAGGAACCUGCUCAUCUUAUGGCCAUUUUCAAAGGACGCAUGGUGGUGUAUGCGGGUGGUACUUCCCGAGCUGGUAAUACAGAACCAGAACCUCCCACCCGUCUUUUCCAAGUUCAUGGGACUAAUGAAUACAACACCAAGGCUUUGGAGGUGUCUCCCAGAGCCUCCUCCCUCAAUUCCAAUGAUGUCUUCAUUCUUAAAACCCAGAGUUGCUGUUACCUCUGGUACGGUAAGGGCUGCAGUGGGGACGAGCGAGAGAUGGCCAAGAGUGUUUCCGACCUGAUCUCCAGGACAGAGAAAGUUGUGGUAGCAGAAGGCCAGGAGCCUGCAGCAUUCUGGGUUGCACUAGGUGGGAAGUCUCAGUAUGCCAACAACAAAAGAUUGCAAGAAGAAACUGUUUCGAUCACGCCUCGGCUCUUUGAGUGUUCCAAUAAGACAGGCAAGUUCCUUGCCACGGAGCUCACCAAUUUUACUCAGGAUGAUCUAGAACAAGAUGAUGUGUUCUUGCUGGAUGCCUGGGACCAGGUUUACUUCUGGAUUGGUAAAGAUGCAAACGAGGCUGAGAAAGAAGCAGCAGCCGUCACCGCCCAAGAAUACCUGCGGACUCACCCAGGCUGUCGGGACCCAGACACUCCAAUUGUGAUUGUGAAACAGGGCAACGAACCUCCAACAUUCACCGGCUGGUUUGUAGCAUGGGAUCCUCUCAAAUGGACAGACAAGAAAACCUAUGAAGAACUGAAAGCUGAACUUGCCGAUGAGGACAGCCUUGACCAAAUCACUUCUGAAAUCUUGGAAGGAAAAGAAAUUUUUACUGCCAAGACAACUUUUGGCAAGUUGUCAUUCUCUACAUACCCCUUGGAGAAAUUGGUGAAUGUCGCUCCAGAAGACCUUCCCAAGGACAUAGAUCCCAGCCGGAAGGAGCAAUACUUGUCAGAGGAUGAUUUUUUUCAGAUCUUUGGAAUGUCCCAACGGGAUUUUGCAGCACUGCCUUCAUGGAAACAAAUGUCUCUCAAGAAGGAGAAAGGACUUUUCUAAAUGGAAAUAUGCCUGCCAUUAUUUUCAGCCAUUGCAGACCUUAAUGUCAUUUUUGGUAAAAGCUUGAUAACGGAAGCAUUCAGAAUUUUCUACUAGCAGUUUUUCAAAGACAAAAGGGCUUCCUUUUUUUUUUAAAAAAAAGUAUAGAUAAUCUUAGUGCAGACUCAGAACAGCUGCUUUAACAUACUUUCUUCCAGUUAUGAAGCUGCCCAAAACUAUGUUGGAAUCAUUUACUCUUUCUCAAUAGCCAAGUUCCAAUCUGACUUAGUGACAAAGCUGGCAAAUGGGGCUACCCUAAAACUUUAUUGUGGAACAGGUGCAGAAAAGCAAUUGGUGGAUUUCCUGCUAGUGGAAGACAGAAAAAAAAAAGCCACCACCAUUUUUCCUAAAAGGAGGUUGAGCUGGGGUGGAUUUUGAAU